GUGAUAAAUGCGUCAUGCGUCGACCAUUGUAUAAUUGUGCAUGGUGGUUUUAAGUAGCUUUCGCAGUUAUUUAUUGGGAGAGUGAUUACUUUUUCUUAUUACGGGAUUAUAAAGGAACAUACAGAUAUAGAUUAGUUUGCUGAUGAAGUAUCGUCAGGAUCAAUCCAACGGGGUAUCAGGACAAGGACAUCCGAAACGUUCGCGAAUUUCGAAAAGCCCGCCCGCGAAUCGUGUUAUGGCCGGCAAUGGAGAGACCCAGUGGUGCUUUUCUCAAGUUAAAGGUACUCUAGAUGAUGAUGUUACUGAAGCCGAUAUAAUCUCUUGUGUGGAAUUCAAUCACGAUGGGGAACUACUUGCCACCGGUGAUAAAGGUGGGAGAGUAGUAAUCUUUCAGCGUGACCCCAUAUCAAAAACUAGCCUUCCCAGGAGGGGGGAGUACAAUGUAUACUCAACGUUUCAAAGCCACGAGCCCGAGUUUGACUACCUCAAAAGUUUGGAGAUUGAGGAAAAAAUUAAUAAGAUCAGAUGGCUGAAAAGGAGGAACCCUGCUCAUUUUCUUCUAUCUACAAACGAUAAAACUAUUAAAUUGUGGAAGGUAUCGGAAAGGGACAAGAAAGUUGAAGGGUAUAAUACUAGAGGUGAAAAUGGCUCACUUGUAGAACCUGGUGCUGUUAGCGCGUUACGCGUCCCCGUCAUAAAGCCUAUGGAACUGAUGGUGGAAGCCUCCCCACGAAGAAUAUUUGCCAAUGCUCACACCUACCAUAUAAACUCUAUAUCGGUUAACUCGGAUCAGGAGACUUAUUUGUCGGCCGAUGACUUGCGAAUUAAUCUGUGGCACCUCGAAAUCACCGACCAGAGUUUCAAUAUCGUCGAUAUUAAACCGACAAACAUGGAGGAGCUGACAGAGGUCAUCACGGCCGCCGAGUUUCAUCCUGUCGAAUGCAAUCUGUUUGUUUAUAGUAGUAGUAAAGGAACAAUUAGGUUAUGUGAUAUGAGAGCGGCAGCUCUGUGCGACAAGCACGCGAAGCUCUUCGAGGAACCGGAAGAUCCGACAAAUAGGAGCUUCUUCUCAGAAAUAAUAUCCAGUAUUAGUGACGUCAAAUUGUCAAAUAACGGCAGGUAUAUGAUCUCGCGGGACUACCUUUCCGUUAAGGUAUGGGAUUUGCAUAUGGAGUCAAAACCUAUUGAAACUUAUCCUGUUCAUGAAUAUUUGAGAGCUAAACUGUGUUCCUUGUACGAGAACGACUGUAUAUUCGACAAAUUCGAGUGCUGUUGGAACGGCAACGACACGGCAAUAAUGACGGGCUCGUACAAUAACUUCUUCCGGAUCUUCGAUAGGACAAUGAAGCGGGACGUGACGCUGGAGGCGUCGCGAGACAUUGCCAAACCGAAAACGUUGCUGAGACCGCGCAAGGUCUGUUCGCAGGGCAAAAGGAAAAAAGACGAAAUCAGUGUGGACUGUUUAGAUUUUAAUAAGAAAAUUUUACAUACCGCGUGGCAUCCUCUAGAGAAUAUAAUAGCUGUGGCAGCAACCAAUAAUUUAUUUCUGUUCCAAGACAAAUUUUAGUUUUUAUCUGUUCUAGUUAUUAACUUUUUUAAGUCUGUUUUUUUCUGGACUUGUAAAAAUCUAUCGGUGGCAGUGUAUUGAUUGAGAAACUCCGAAAAAGUGCCAUAUAGAUCAAAGUUAUUUUAUUAAUUAGUGCAAUUUUAUUUUGCUUUUUUAUUUAUACACAAUAAUUUUGGCAUCACGUUUCUUCAUAAAACUGGUAACUGAAACAUAUCUAUCAAGUACUGACGGUUAUUUUAUAUAUAUUUGUUUCUUUUUACAAUGUGUUAAUUUCAUUUUUUUGUAGAUUAUAUUUAUACAGCGAGUUUUGAUUAAUUAUAUAACUUUAUUAAGCCGGUAUUGGUGAAGUUAUUCAAAUUAAAUCGUGAUUUUCUUAUUAGAACAUCGAUUGUAUCUGUAUACCUUUUAUUAUUAUUAUUAUAAUUAAACAUGCCCAUCUAUACGGAAUUGGUUAUUUUACAUUAUUUCUUUUAUGGAUAUUUCGAAAAAUUUAAUUUCAUUUGUGAUUUUUUGUGGGCUAAAGUUGAAGAUUAUACAGGGUGUGUCGAAGAAGGUAGUUAUUAAGAACUUCUUGACCAUGUCCAAUACAACAAAUUAAAAUUUAUUUAUUUAUUGUUAAAUUAUUCUGCUUUUCUAUAAGCCAUUGAAAUAAGUUUGGUAUCAAUUCACAUUUAACUAUUUUUGAACAUGUGAAAACAUUUAUUAGGGAUUAUUCUUGUUGGAUUUUAGGUACUUCAGUGAAGCUUAUUUGAUUUUUCGGGUUUAAAAAGCAUUCAAAAAAUGUUUUUCUUAAAGUUCCUGUACAUCUAUUAAACUCAGUAUAAUGGAGAUAAAAUCAAAUUCUGAUUCUUUUUUCCGAUACGUUGUAACCUAACCUCACAUUUGGUAUACCCGAUGUGGAUUUUUAUAAUUCGCUACCUGAUUUACUUGUCGCAUUACAUAGGCUAAUUUCGAGCGAACAACCGUUGGUUAUGGCUGACCAGUGCCUUCUAUUAAAAGACCAGCCUGCGGGCGAGAGUUAUGACGUCACGCGAGUUAGAUAUAACGGAAAUUUGUUGUAGAAGACAUGGAAAACAUAAUUAUUCCUCAGAUUUUUGGUUUGUAUUUUAAAAAUGAUGUAGUUUACAUGAAAUAU